GCAUGGAGCCGUGGUAAUAAAUCCAGCGCGAGUACCUCUUUCACGCAGUUUUGGUUUUGGUGUUUGAAGGACCUGCAACUAGACAUAAACAAACGGCAACUAAUCUGCCACUUCGGUCGAAGACUGGAAUAUUGAUUUUGACAUGUGUACAGCAGCGCUGAUUCAUUUUGCUGUCUUCGCGUUGACUCUCAUCUCCGCGAUUUCAGGUGAGGAUUAUCCACCGCGGGCUCAGAAUGUAUCCUGGUCCUCCUUUAACUUCAAGACCAUUUUAACCUGGAGCCCUAAACCUACAAACUACUCUUACACCGUGGAGUUUUCAAGAUUGGACAAGGACAAGACCAUGCACUGCAUCCGGACCAGGGAGACUGAGUGUGACCUGACCGAUAAACUGGAGAACCUGAGGGACACCUACACUGCUGAUGUGAUCUCGGAGCCCCUGCCCUCUGCAAACACACACUUUGUCGAGCUCCCAUACACGUCUGCGCCUCGCUUCUGCCCCUACAAAGAAACAAAGAUAGGAAGUCUAAAUUUCAAGGUGAUUCAGAAUGAGGACAAGACUAAGAUGGAAGUCCACAUCCAAGAUCCCCAGACUGCCAUCAAGAAAAAUGGGCGGCCGAUGACCAUCCGAGAGAUCUUCAGGGAGGACCUGAUGUACAAAGUCCAAUACAGCAAAGCUGGAAGCACAGGAAAAAGCAAGGCCCAGGGCCGCAAGAAUGUGGUGGAGAUCAACAAGCUGGAGGAGGGUGUGAGCUACUGCUUCACUGUGGCUGCGUACAUACCAUCGCGUAAAUCAGACCAUCAGAUGGGGUCGUGGUCCAUUCCUGUCUGCUGGCCCCCAAAGGCCGGGUCUUUCUUUGAGGAGAUUAGCUGGACUUGGUUAGCAGCAGGUGCCGCCAUCCUCCUGGUGAUCUUGGUUCUCCUGAUCAUCAUGAUUGUUCUGUGCUGCAAGAGGGCUUGUCUCUCCAAGAAGAUCAAGAUGGAGGCUGCAACGACGAUCACGACUACCGUGUAGAACCGUGUCAUUGGAGAUGAGCCCCCAAGUCUGGGUUGUUUGUACUGCACUUUGCACAGGAGUGGUAUGUGGCUGGCCCACAAGCUGCUCUAUGGGAGAAGCUCUUGCACUCUACACCUGAGCUUGGUGUUUUUGAAACAUAAUGUCAAAUGUCUGUUCUACUCUUUUCACAUUCUGUGGGGUGAGUGGGCAACAUGGUUUGCAGAUUAGAAUGAGUGUUAAACUAUUUUUUUAAACAAUAGAUUUGCUUUUAUAUAUUUGUUAUUUAUUAUUUUUUUUGUACAUGAAAUAUUAUUUAUUGAUGAAAGUCCGCUAUAUGUUCCUCUAUUUUUGUUGUGUUAUCUAUGAUGUAAACAUUCUUGCAAAAUUAAAACUUGAUGAUUGGUA